GUACAAUUGUAGUGGAACUGUACUGGAGACAUGUUCCCAAAACGUGCUCUCAUGCUCUCCCAAAAUGUUGCUGAGUUGACCAUGAGAGGUUACUACAACAACACCAAGUUUCAUCGAAUUAUCAAGGACUUCAUGGUGCAGGGAGGAGACCCCCAGGAACAGUCUCAUUCUGAACGUCGCAUAAUCCAGGAAUCUGCACGGACCCGGGUCUCACCAAUGAGUUCGUACCACACCAAUCUUAGUUGAGUAUUUAUUUACUAGAAAGCUAAAAUGAUGAUAAAAGAUACACAUACACAAAAACACAUUAUAGGCUAUUUAUUAGAACUUAGUAUAACGGGCCAAUGUGACAGGUUAAAGGAAAUACUAAUAGCCUGUUAUACAUUAAAAAGUAUUAGUAAAUUCAUAGUAUGUGAGGAUCUUAAAACAUCUAAGGUUAAGAAGAUCAUGCAUUCAGUAUUAGUUGAUAGAUUGAUAACAUUUAUAUAAUUGUGUUAAAAUCCAUCAAGCAUACAAAGGGUACGAAUUGUGAGAGGAAUGUGUAAACGUUAUGUUGAUUACUUUAUGUUGUCGUGGGUAAAAGUGUUAAUCUGUGAUCUACUAAACGCUCUUAAUCUAUGAGCCUGAGAUCGAUUGCUCUGGUCUCCACUCAAGUUCACGGAGAAUUCGCCGUCUUUUUCUCAUUGCGCUAAAAGUUCUCAAUGAGUAAACAUUAACCUAUCACUCUCGGGAUUCUUUCCCCCCUUGUUCAGGUACGUUAUUGAUGAUUAAAAAGAGUAAUUUAAAUGCAAUAACUUGCUAACAUGUCAAGAGUGUUUAAGGUGUGUCUUAGUAACAUAUUGAGGAAGUUAGUUAAGUUUGCAGAGAGUAAUAUGCGCCGUGCUCGGUUGCAGCUAGCUUCAUACUGCUAGGUACUGCUACGUAGCUGCCAUUUUAUGUCGAUUGUGAAUGAACAUGUGCUUUGUUAAUAAGAGAUUUUGCGGUGUUAUUUGUGUAAUGGUUUUUCAAACACUUUAUUGCCUGUUGAUAAAUUGAGUUAUGGUUUACUGAGUUAAAGCUUUGUGCUUGACAGUUAUAUUGAAAAUAGUAUUUGUUUCAGUGAUGUACAGUGUAUACUGUUGUGACUUGAAUAAGCCUUGUACCCUACAAAACUCUAUUUCCUGUAGAUCUGUUAUUCUGUAAAAUGUGUUACUUUUGUAAAAUUUGCACUAAAAGUUCUCAAUGAGUAAACAUUAACCUAUCACUCUCGUGAUUCUUUCCCCCCUUGUUCAGGGGUGUAACAUUUUUGGAGGCUCCGCUGAGAUAGCUGCUCAGAUGUCCAGUUUCCACAUCCUGGUCGCUGAAUUCCGAGCCAGCUAAAUCCCCACAUAAUAACUCAGGCAGGCUGCAGUGAGGAAAGUGUUGCUGUUCGAGGAGAGCUGGAAGUUGGUGGUUAAGUACGUGUCAACUGAGGCCAUUGAUCGACCAUCAGAGACAGUAAGGACCAUCUAAUUCAGAGUCAACUCCUGCACAGUAAAAGUUCCUCCUGUUCUGUCAACAUGACAACCGCCUUGGAAGAACUACAGGAAGAGGUAGAAGGGGAAUUGCGCACCCUGACUAAAGACAAGUUACUAGAGAUAUGUGAUUUCCUUGACAUAUCAGGCGAACAAAGAAGAGAUGUUAAAGACAAAUCCCGCAUAUCAUUGAUGACUCACAUUAUGAUGUUCCUUGAAAGAGAGGAAGUUGCAGAGUUAGAAGAUGGCGGCAUGUCGGAAUUGUUGCUACUUAAAGAGACAAUGACAGAGAUGAUAAGUGGCAUAGAUAACAAAACAUGGCAAACUGACCAUGAUAUUGAAACAGCCGGAAUACAUCACAGAAUAGAGGAACUGAGAACUGUAACCCCACAACAAAGGGUGGGAACUGAGCAGAUUACUGCAGCCAAAGCCAGUGAUUCUCUGCGUCAGCCCCAACCCCAUGCCAAUCUUCAGGGGAGCGUGCCGCUCUCACCCAAUGCACAGCCCAGCUCAUACUGGCGCAAAGAGUUUAAAAUUUCUGGUCAGAUAGGUGAACCGGGCCAGAAAGAUAAACUUAUUUUUUCCAGCCUUGCCCAUCAGAUCGAGGGUGGACUUAACAGAGGCUAUCCUAAUGUAGAAAUAGUAGACGCAGUAGUCAGGGCUAUAUCUCCAGGCUCACAGCUACGCAGUUACUUGGAAGGUAAACCCCAGCUAACUCUUCCCACACUUAGAUGUAUCCUGCGUUCCCACUUCCAAGAGAAGAGUGCCACAGAGCUUUACAAACAGCUAGCUUCAGAAGCACAGCAUAGCAAGGAGACACCUCAAAGCUUCCUGAUGCGUGUCUUAGAUUUGAGGCAAAAAGUACUGUUUGCAUCCCAGGAGUCAGAAUCAGGGUUUAAGUAUGACCCUGCUCUAGUCCAGCGCAUGUGUUUACACACAGUCCUUACAGGUCUCCAGAGUGACAGUAUCAGGAUAGACAUGCAGCCUCUCCUGCUAGAUAGCUAAACAUCAGAUGAGGUUUUGCUAGAGAAGCUUAACAUUGCUUGUGCUAAUGAGAUAGAAAGACGAAACAAAAAGCGGUUUCAUGCCCCACAGCCUGCUACAACUGUAAGUGUAGUCCAGUUAGAAGAUACGCCAUCCACAAAGUGUCCUGUGAAGGAAGCCAAAGUUAAGAUACCCCAGACCUGUUAACAGAGUUAGCUAAACUUAAGACAGGUGUAGCUUCUCUAAAAGGUCUCAGUGCAGAGAUUGCUCAGAUUAAGGAGACAUUACAGCAGCCUAUGUUUCGGUCACCGCCUUGUGCCUAUGCCCCACCUCCAGUUAGGAGGCCAGAUUGGGGCCCCCAGCCACCUGUUUCCCAGCAGCAGUAUUACAGCAACUACAGUCAGUCCCAAGCACCUGACCCUGUGCAGCAUCAAUAUGCACCUAACCGGUAUGCCAACCGCUCUGCUCAAGCUCCAAGGAGGUGUUUUGUCUGCCAGCAGGCCAGAACAGAUGCACGCUGCACACACUGCUUCCGAUGUGGGAGUGGAGAACAUUUUCAAGCUGGAUGUAAAAUCCGGGGAGUCAGACCUUCAAGGGAGGCCCCUUUAAACGGGCAAAGGUUACCGCUGAGGGACGAGUGUUAACCAUAGCUACCAAAAAGUCCCAGAAAUGUGCAAAUUGUGCCAGAAAAGAUUCAUUUGAGAACCUGAAACAAUGUUCAUCAUGUAAAGAGACACUGUACUGUUCCAAAGUAUGUCAAAACCAACAUUGGAUUAAACAUAAGGGAAAAUGCACUCACCUGAAAAUGAACUCUACCAGUGAAAGGUUUUCCUCCACCGAGGAAAAUGCCCACUCCUUACCAUCCCUAGCUCAAGGUCGCCACCCCCGUAAGGUCACCUCGCUAGUAGGCAGACAGUGCCUUAUUGAGUGUCACCUGAAUCGCCACCACCUCCAAGCUCUAUGGGACACAGGCUCUCAGGUAUCGGUCAUUGAUGAACGAUGAAAAGAGGAAUCUCUCCCAAACGCAAGGCUGAGAGAUGUUUCAGAAAUCCUGGACUCACCUGCUGAUCUAAGGUUGACUGCAGCAAAUGGGACUGAAAUGCCGUACCUGGGAUGGAUUGAAACAACUUUUCGGCUAGCCUCUGAAACUGACGAAACAAAGGAACUGAUCAUCCCAGUGCUGGUAAUGAAAGGCUGUCACCUAUCUCAUCCCAUCAUAGGUUUCAAUGUUAUCGAGCACAUCCUGACAAUGACUGAAAAGACUAAACGAUACAGUACAAUAAAAACAGCUUUCCCAAGCCUCAAAAGAAACGGCGGACGUAAAGGUAACGUAAAGGUAAUGGCGGACUGAACAAAGUUAUGUAGAGCACCUCAAGAUAAAACAUAAUAUUCGAAAUAUCUGCUAAAUUAGACUAAAAUAUUAGCACUAAAUAAUCUGGUGGGUGAUAACCUUCAAUCUGGAUAAUAACACAAAACAAAUCCUAAGACUAGAGACAUUUAUCGACAAAUAUUACGAAAACAAGCAACACCCAAACAUGACGGAGAAUAAGACAGGGGAACCGAAUCAAAAACGAAAACGUGACUCCUCAACCGACACGGAUGAUCUAAUAUUCUCAACACCGGCAAUGGUAAAGGUCGAAACCGAUCUGUUAAAAUCAAUAAAUGACAAACUGGGUAUACUUGAAUUAGUUAGUAAAAAUAUAAAAGAGUUGAAGGCAAGCCUAGAGAUGAGUGAUGAAAAAGCUGCGACAUUGGAGAAGGAAACACACGCGCUAAAAGGGACGGUCAAUAAGAUUGAAACCGAAAUGAAUGAAUUUAAAAAGGAGAACAACAUUCUGAAAGAAUGCUUAUUGGACAUACAAACUAGAUCCAUGAGAGAGAAUUUGGUACUUACAGGUAUCCAAGAGAAAGAAGGAGAGGUUCCUGAAUCUGUAGUUAGAGAGUUCCUUUUUGCAGCGCUUCAGAUUCCACGCGAAGUUAUCGAUAAGAUCCAACUUGAAAGUGUACACCGCCCAAUCGUUGCCAAAUUUGCUUCAUUUAAAGAUAAAAUAAUGGUUAAAAGCCUGGGUAAAAGACUUGCUGGGACCAAAAUUGGCAUGAAUGAUCAGUUUCCGAAAGAAAUUGCAGAACAGCGCAAAGUUCUGUAUCCAAUUUUCAAAGAAAAUAGAUUAAAAGCGAAACGAGUAGCUCUCGUCGUUGAUAAACUAUAUAUUGAUAACCAGUUGUUCAGAGACACAAAGAUUACUCCAUGGUUAUUUAAAAAAUUACAAAGUUCUCAUAGAUGAGGAAAAUAAACACAAUUCAAGCCCGGUUACUGAUUGUAACAAUACAAUACAAAAUAUAGCUUUUCUAUAAAUCUUCACAUAUAACUAAUUGAACACAAGCACUAUUUCUACAUAGUGAAGAUAAAAACUAAGUAAACAGAAGGCACAGUAUGUGUGGAUGGUGUGGUGUGUGUUUAUUUUUAUUUGUUAUGUUUGGAAAGUUGAGUGAGUGAGUAAUGAAAUAGUUGCAUAUCCCAGAGCCAGUGUAUUGCUGUGGGCCGGGUAUGAGAGGGCUUUCAAUGUUGUUCAAAUGAUGGAUAUACUUUUAUAAUGAAUUAUACGUCUUAUUUAUUUAUUGUCCUAUCAUGGGGAACUACAUUUUUAAAAUAAAUUAUAUCUAAUUAUUUAUUAUCCUAUUUUAAUGGUACGGUCCAUGGCCCUAUACCCUAGACACCCACAUGAAUGGCCCAGAUACUAAGGAGAGGUCCCUAACAGUUUUAUGUGCAUGCUGUAAACGGUCUGUAUGCAGCCAAAAUGAGGACAGGGACCAUGAGCAGCACUGCCCCCUCAAGAUUCUGAGCCUGCUUGGCAGGGUUGGUCCUGCAAAGCCAAAGCCCCCUAAAGGGAGAGCAUAAUAAACAAGGAAAUUCUCAAAGCUGCUAAUGAGAACCUUGACGACCUUGUACCUAGCCGGUGGGGAUUCCGGUGGGGUGCCCCCACCCAGGCAGUGGCAGUGUUGGCAACACUAGCUGCAGUAACCCAUGGGGAGGGGGUCACACUCGGACAUUCAGAGAGGGGGUAUAUUAUUGUGGCCCUGGUGGCACGAAACCAAUCGGACUGCAUGGAGAUGCUUGGGAACAUGGUCAAAAUGGAUGACCGUAUUGUGGGUGUUUCAGGAAGAAGGUGUACAUUUGAC